UGUUCUUUCAUUGAAGUUAAAGUUGUGUAAGGUGCAGAGUAACAUUAACAGAAUGUUUAGUAGAGUGAAAAAUACGUAAUUUUAUAAUUAUGGAGUCUAGAUCAAUGACCGAACUUCAACUGUCAGCGACAACUCACAACCCUGUCUCCGAAAUCGUGAAAGAGAUUGAUAAGGAAGCUGAUUGUCCUACAAUCUCAGGCCUGCUGGAUAGCAAUUGUAAUAAUCAGGAAGUAAACCAAAGCGUUAUUCAUAGUGCUGAAAUUAGUAACACCAGUAACUCAGUUGAGUCCAUAAAUUCAAAAUUAUCCCGUUUAUCCUACGCAUCACUUGGGACAGAAAAAUUGGGAGAACAUUUUAGUCCCUUCAAAGUCACAGAGACACCAGAUUCCUAUGAUUAUGAUCACGCAAAAAGAAGAAAAGUUGAUUUGUAUGGGCCAGACAUUGGGCCCAAAAUAUACAAUGUUAAGGGUAACCUAGUGACUCCACCGAUUAUUGCAAAGAACCUUCCAGAUAUAUUUAAUGUUCUUCCAAUUUUUGGUCGGGCCGGGUCUAAAGAAGAUAUUGAGGACUUUUAUUCACGAAAGAUAAGGGAAUUUGUUGGCUGUGAUCUGAAUGAUGAACAGUUUAAAAAUCUUGCCAAUGAUUGCAGUCCUGACUUGCUAAGGACUGGCAGUGAGCUAAGAAUGCCAACGUCUGUGCCUACGCUAUCAGUGUUCUCCGAGGAAGAGAACAGAGAGUACAACGAGCAACACAGCAACCUGUGCGUUGUGAGGAAGCAUCGGUUACGUAUGGCCAGCGACUCUAAUGCCAGUUACCAGAGAAAGCUGAAAUAUCGGGGCACACGGCUCAUGCCACUUGCACAGGCUGAAGAUGGAGAGGAAGCGCCUGAACCAGACCUAGAACCUGGCAGAGAUAUAAUCUAUGUUGUGCGGAUAUAUAGACCCUUCCCAUAUAAUAUUAAGGAGAAACAUGUGAGCAGCCGGCACUCGGUAUUCAGCCGCUGCAUAGUGCUAGCGGGGCGCCAGCCCCUGUCGGCGCUGCGCGACCGCGUGGUGUGCGCCAACGAUGUCGGCAUGCGCGUCGACGUGUCCGCCGCGCCGCACCAGCAGCCCGCCGCUGCAGCCAAGGACCUCUUCCCCUCCGGGUUCCUGUUCAUCAACAACGUAUUCUACGUGGACGCUCGCCCCGGCUGCUCGGACCGCAGCGCCGGCCUGCGGGCCUGGGCGCGCGCAAGAGGCCUCGGAGACUUUCAAACAAAGGACCUACACUCCACUAAACUAGACGAUCUGAUCGUGAGACUGGGACAUCCAGAGGUCUACGUCCACCAAGGUAACUGCGAGCAUCUCUUUACCUUCUCUGAGAUACGUCUUCUCAAUCCUGAUGACCCACUCUCAAUCAAGCAGUACCCAGCCCACACCGCUGUCUCACAAAACCAGACAGUCUACUGCACAACUUGUGCUGAGUUCGGAGCCAAAUGGAUUGUCACCAAUUGCUCCACUGUCCCCUUUGACCCGGCUUACUUCUGUGAUACAUGCUUUAGAUUAUUCUUAUAUAAGGAUGGCAAGAAAAUUGGAGAUUUCAAAGCGUUUUCUUAUAGAGGCAACGAGAUUAAUAUGCUGAAGCCUUCGGGAUGACGAACGCUUCAAUCCAUAUACAGUAUGGAUUUAAAACAGGGUUAGCAAUUCCAUUGCGUGUUGUAGGGUUUUGCAGUACUGUGAGCAAGGUUAUAUAGUACAUGUGUACACUUGUAUAGUAUUGAAGUGAUAUUCUUUAACAUAGGCCAAAUAAGGCAGCAUUUUUUUAAAGGCUCCGUCACACAGGUGCGUUGUGCGGGCGGCGCGUGAGCGGGGCGAGCCGCUUUUACAUAUAAAACGCUCAGGCUGCGCUCACGCCCCGCCCGGAAAAUGCGCCUGUGUGACGGAAACUUAAAGCAGAUAUUUUGAAUUUAAAGUUAGUUAUAAUUUUAUUGAAUAAGUACAGUGGAACCUGGAUAAUUGCAAUCUCAAGGGACCGGCCAUUUUUUGUCAAUUAACCAGGUUUUUCAUUUAAGCAGGUCGUGUCAAUUAACGAGGUUCAAAAAAUCGUUGUGUCAAUUAUAGAGGUUUUCAUUAAUAGAGGUUGCGUUCUGACAAAUUUCUUUUAUGGAGGUGCAAAUAACCAUUGGAAGUAUAUUUACACGCUUACGUUCUGGGUUUCUGGUCUAUAUAUAGCUUCUGUCUAUACUUGCACUUUUACACUACAUUAAUUACUACUUUAUUUUCUUAUUAAUCAUUUGGGUUUAAGAAAAUCCCUUGAAUUGUAGAAGAAAGUUUUAUUAGAAUGUAAAAAGCAUACUUUGUUUAUGAUUUAAUCAAAACUAUUUCACCUACUACAGGCUGUGAUAGAUACCCAAUAAAUAAAUUGAAUUCUGGAUGAAGAUAUAAAUAAAAUGAUCAUUGCUAUUAAAAUAUUGUUUCUGAUGUCUACAACUACAUUAUUUCAAUUACAGAGGUAAUAAGUAAGACUCGUUUCAAUAAUAGAGGUAAAAAGAAGAGCAAAAAUAACGGAUUUUUUUAGCACAGUGUCAAUUAUAGAGGUCUUAGUUACGAUGUGGUCAAUUACAGAGGCAAAAUUACGAAAAGCACUAAAAUCUAAAUUGCAAUUAUAGAGGUUCCAAAAUUUCAAUUAUAGAGGCCUUUUGGUCUCAAGGGACCGGGACCGGACUUUUGGUUGCAAUUAUUGAGGUUUUCCAUUUAUCCAGGUGCCAAUUAACCAGGUUUCACUGUAUUUUGAAAUUAAUACAGGAUUAACGGGUUGAGGGCUGCUGGCGUUAUCAGUAUUGGUAAAGCCUGACCAGUAAUAUAUGAUCAUUGUCAAGAGGGCGCUGUUAUUCUCAUUUAUAUGGUAACAGUUGACGCAGUAAGGAAAAAUUAGUUCCAAUGAAAUUCCGCAACAUGGCGCGUUACUGGUCAGGCUUUAGUACAAUCCAUCCACAUAUUUUAUAGUCUAGAUUAGUGGGUGUCUAUAUUGGUAUUAGCAUGAUCGUAAAAUGUAUGAUGUUCAUAAGGCCUCUUUUGCUAAAUGUCCUCUUCGAUUUUUGUUGUAAUAUUUUGUUGCAAUAAGAGUAAGAAAAUUUGCAAUGCGAUAAAUAUUCAUCCAGUCCCUUUGUGUAACCAGGCUUGUUUUUGAAUAGAUUUCGUCGGUAAAUUUAUUUUGCUACUGUAGCUGUAAGUAAACCCAAAAGGGUUGAUGUUCUAAUAAAAAUAUCCUAUA